AUGUUGAAACAAUACUUGAAGAACUUAGAGCAACUCCAGCGCUCACCCAAACCUGGGCAAAAGGCCCCCCCUGGCAGCCCAACUCCCCUCCAGCGCGCAGAAAAGAGCUCGGGCAAUGGCUGGGUCCCACCAGCCCGGGCAGGCCCAAGGGCAACUUUCGCCUGGGCUUCAGCCCGAGGGCGCUGA